AUGCUAGGGACGCCGGAGGUUUCUGCUCUGGUUAAGGAGCUCGAAGACCAAUACUACAUGGCUUCAUGGGGUGCACGCAACAUCUCACACGCUUUCAAGAAGAGUGUGGCGCGGGUCAGCGUUAGCGACUAUAGGACAGUAUGCUCGCCGUUGAAACAAGAAGUACAGCCGGAAGAUGUCGUUGACUUGAAAGAGAAGGACUGGGCUGAGAUGGACGAUCAUGAUUAUGAUGGCGAUUACAUUGCGAGCACCGAUCCGAUCCACCCAGUCAGUACCGAUUAUUCACACCCACUCGACGACGAUGACGGGAGUUGGAUCUUUAACCAUUUCUCGAGCGAAGAACUGGAGGCUUCAAACGAUGAGGGGGUUGUGCCUGACUUUGAUCAGACUGGAUGGAGUUGGAAUAACGACAACAGCGAGAACUCGAUUCCGAUUUUGAGAUCUCAAGAGGAGAACCAUACGCUAAAGAUUGACAAGGAGGACCUCACUGCGUGGGGGCCUGGAGCGGAGGCCCCUCACAUGUCCGUAGACAUCAGUAUGAACGGCUUGAUCAUGAGAGAGAAGCUCGAAAAAGAGCAGAUUGAACUCACCAUUGAAGCAUUCUGGACAGUGGUCAACGAUUCUACAAUUAACACGGAUCAUCAGCCCCAAAAAACCAUGGAAGACUUAAGUAUACUGCUCUGUGACCUCGAUAUCACCACAAGAGCAUCAAAUUCACCCUCCUCGCCAUCCACACCGACUGAAUUGCCGUCACAGUGGGUUGACGGUUCGUCGGAGAUACAUACACUCACGACAAUUCCAGCCUCUUCUCCAUCUCCACCCACAAAACUGUCAAGUUUCAACUCAACAAGAACAGCCUACAAUAGACAGCGCAAGUUGCUCGAACAGCGACUACAAGAAGAUGCUGACAAAACAAAGUACUACAGUGACUUACUUCUAAUCUCACGAUGGGAAGCACGAGCAUUCGAAGGACCAGAAGGCAGAUUCAUUCCUGAUCCGCCGAUGGUUAGCGUACAUGAGGACAGCAAACGGGCAAUUCCAGGAAGAAAUGGACAACCAAAGCGUGCAGACGAUGGGUGUUUCGAGUUUCAAGAAUUCCAUGUGCUAAGUUCAUGA